CAACCAAGCAGAAUGCAGGCAUCAGCCUUCCAGGAUAAGAACCGGAGGAAGCCAGACCACAGUGAAGGUACUCACGAUCCUAACUAUGAGAAUAUAACCUUGCCCUUCAGAAACAAGGACCAGCUCAAACUCAGUGAAUCAGCACCCAGGAAACAAGCCCAGCCCAAGCCGUCACUGGACACACCCCAGGUCCCCCCUUGGUUGCACAGAACCAUCAUGAUCUUGUAUGUCCUCCUCGCUCUCAUCUUUUUGUCAUGCAUCAUCCUCUCCGCUUUGGUCCUGGUCAAAAAUUCGGAAAUGUCCAGGGAGCUGUGGAGCCUGAGAGAGGAGCUUUCGAAUGUCUCAAACAUGGUGCUGAACUGCCAGGACCAGCAAAGGAAUCAUUGGAAAGCGGUGCAGCAGGGCAUCUGGGAGGCCAAGAACAAUAUUGGUGUGGUAUUGAGCAGAGUGCAGACUGGAAACGACAAGCUGAAGACAGUGCCAGCAGAUAUCAUGGAAAUCAAGAAAACCCUCGAGAGUCUAGAGAAGAAAACACCUGCUCAGCCCAGUAAAUAAGAGGACAUCACAGCCACACCUGGAAGGCCUCGGGAUUGCACCUGCUAGUGAAGAUGACUGGAGUGUGAGUCCGCCAUUCAUCCUCACAGAGAAAAGUACCCAUCCGGAGGGAUGGGUGUGGAAGAGUGUGUCUGCGGAAGUGAACAUUUUGGGGCAUAUGGAGUUUCCAUGCAUCCAAGGAGAAGUUAUGGUGGAAAGAGAACAUGGAAGUCACUGCAUGUGUUACUCUUUACGGGUGUGUGGCCAGACAUAUAUGAGGAUAGGCCUGUCCUGGAAGACAGCUGUUUCUGUGAAUCCCCCAAAGUAUGUCAUUGUGAGUGUGGGUGUAGGUGACAUGUGAGAUGUGCCUCCCCAUUAGCUUGAGCGUGCAUGUGUGCAUCUGGCUAGUGUGUGUGUGUGUGUGUGUGUGUGUGUGUGUGUGAGACUGAAGUGGUGGGUGAUGUCCACUCUGGGGAUGUACUGUGGUGCGGGUCAUUCCUGGUGUUCCUGGCUGUGUCACCUUGUGUGUUCAGAGCAUGUGCACAAGUGCACCCAUUAAUUUCUGUACUUGUAUUUUAUGAUUCAUGAAGAU